AUGGCAUCGUCCUUUGAAGGCGGCGCAGCAGCCUCCCUGAAGACGGUGCUUGAUCGCGUCCACCAGGCCGCCGAUAGGUCAAACCGGAACGUCAAAGAAAUCCGGGUAGUGGCGGCGAGCAAGACCAAGCCAGUUUCUGCUCUCCGGCAGGUGUAUGAUGCCGGUCACCGAUUCUUCGGUGAGAAUUACGUUCAGGAAAUCAUCGAUAAAGCACCUCAGCUUCCAGAGGAUAUUGAAUGGCAUUUCAUCGGUAAUUUGCAGAGCAAUAAAGUCAAGCCUCUUCUUGCUGGUGUUCCCAACCUUGCUUAUGUAGAGACUGUAGAUGAUGAGAAGAUAGCAAACCUUCUUGAUCGUGCUGUAGCCAAAAUUGGCAGGAAACCAUUGAAAGUUUUUGUUGAAGUGAAUACAAGCGGAGAAGCAUCUAAAUUUGGUGUUGAACCAGCACUGUGUCUAGACCUUGUAAAACAAAUUGUUACAAAUUGUCCAAACCUGGAAUUUUGUGGCCUAAUGACAAUUGGCAUGCUGGAUUAUUCAUCCACCCCAGAAAAUUUGAAGACAUUAUCCAAAUGUAGAACUGAAGUAUGUGAGGCAGUUGGAAUACCAGAAGCACAAUGUGAGCUAUCAAUGGGCAUGACUGCAGACUUUGAGCAAGCUAUUGAGAUGGGAAGUACAAAUGUUAGGGUUGGUACUGCCAUAUUUGGGCCCAGAGAGUAUCCACAUAAAGAAGAGAAGUAG